AUGUCCGAUCACGAGGGUCCCAGUGGUGCAGCUGAUGAUGAGCUCUCUCUUCCCAAGGCAACGGUUCAGAAAUUGAUUGCUGAAAUUCUGCCCAAAGACAUACUCAGCUCCAAGGAGUCACGGGACCUUAUUAUUGAGUGCUGCGUUGAAUUUAUUCAUAUGAUUUCAACCGAGGCAAACGAAAUCUGCGAGAAAGAGGCAAAGAAGACCAUCUCUCCAGAACACAUUGUUGGGGCAUUGAAGACACUGGGAUUCGAGUCUUACGUAGAAGAAGUUGAAGGAGUGCUCAAGGACCACAAACAAGCUCAGAAGGACCGGGAGAAGAAGACCUCCAAGUUUGAGGCAUCCGGCAAGUCCGAGGAGCAAUUACUUGCAGAGCAGCAGCAGUUAUUCGAAGCCAGCCGUGCGCGGUUUCACGCCGGCCAGUGA